ACCGGCAAACUGAACAUCAAGUCUGGUGGUGACAAGGGUGGCUUCAGUGGGCACUCGGCAGUGGGGCUGAGGAAGGCUGUGGGCAGUGCAGCUUCUUACCGUGCAGCUGGCAAAGGAGCUGGGGCUGGCUUUGGCAGCUGAAGCCUCUACAUUCUCGGAGGGAAUAGGUGUAUUUCCCUCAAUGUGGCUGGGAACAGUGUUCGGACUGGAGGUUACAGAUUUGGGCUUGGCUCUGGGUAUGGAGGGGGCCGGGCCAGUGGUUUUGCCGGCAGCAUGUUUGACUGUGUGGCCCUGGGGCCCCCGUGCCCAUCCAUGUGCCUACCUGGGGACAUCCACCGGGUCACUGUCAACAAGAGCCUCCUGGCCCCUCUCAUUGUGGAGCUGGACUCUGAGAUCCAGAAGGUGCGGGCCCAGGAGUGGGAGAAGAUCAAGGCGCUGAACAACAAGUUUGCCUCCUUGAUCGACAAGGUGUGGUUCCUGGAGCAGCAGAACCAGGUGCUGGGGACCAAGUGGGAGCUGCUGCAGCAGCUGGACCUGAACAACUCUAAGAACAACCUGGAGGCCACCCUCGAGGGCUGCACCAGCCACCUGCGCAAGCAGCUGGAGACGCUGUCCGGGGACCGGGUGAGGCUGGACUCGGACCUGAGAAGCGUGCGGGAUGUAGUGGAGGACCACAAGAAGGUGUACGAGGAAGAAAUCAACAGGCGGAUAGCGGCAGAGAAUGAGUUUGUGCUGCUCAAAAAGGCUUCCAACCUGGAGACGGCCAUCGUCGAUGCUGAGCAGCGUGGGGACGAAGCCCUGAAGGAUGCCUGGGCCAAGCUGGAUGAGCUGGAGGCCGCCCUGCACCAGUCCCAGCAGGAGCUGGCCAGGAUGAUGCGUGAGUACCAGGGACUCAUGAGCCUGAAGUUAGCCCUGGACAUGGAGAUCGCCACCUGCCGCAAGCUGCUGGGGAGCGAGGAGUGCAGGAUGUCAGGAGAAUUUCCCUCCCCUGUCAGCAUCUCCGUCAUUAGCAGCACCAGCGGCAGCAGUGGUGAUGGCUUCUGGCCCAAGUCGGUCAGCGGAGGCUAUGUGGUCAACGGCAGCAGCUGCAUCCCUGGAGCAUGCGACAUCCGCGGUAGGGAGGGCCAGACCCAGAGCAGCACCACCGACGACAAGGAUGCCCUGGGGAAGGGCUCCAGCCCGAGUGCCCCCUCCAAGAAAGAAGUCAACACCACCAUUCAGCAGAUGUGGGUAGAGGAGGGCAAGCAGAUCAAGACUCAGAAGCAAGUUUUGCUUCCCCGGUUGACAAGGUUCCAGGAAGAGAUCAACCUCAGGGUCAAUGUGGAAGAGGGCUCGGUGCUGCCCUAA